CAGAUGGUUGGAGGUGAGAUAGACUGAUAGGAGGGCCCUUCCUGAGUCGAGCUGUUGGCUGUGUGGAGCUGCUCUCUGCUUUCUACACUCCCAGAGACUAUGGACUAAACCUGCACUGGAGUUACUUCUCUCUCUUUAAGAAGAUUUGAGCCACAUUGGAGCUUUUAAAGCAUCUGCAUGUAUUUGCGGCCAAGACUCAGGAGUGACAAGCUCACUAAAGAGAUGAGCGACCAAGAGAGCAGCACCUCGGCCUCUCAGACGGAGGGAGAGUGUGAGGGAGAGAUGGAUGAAGAGCUAGAUGAAGAGAUGGACGAAGAGAUGGACGAAGAGAUGGAGGAUGAAGGAAAAGGAGGUGAGAAACAGCAGGACAGUCCGGUCCCCGGUCUGUACAACUUCUCCUCGUCUCUCUGUGCCGUCCUACGCAUCAAGCAGAAGUACCGGGCCAUGAAGAAAAGGCGUCAGGAGAUAAUGACCCUGCAGGGCCUCGGAGGGAGCGGGGCCCUGACGGGAUCUCACCCGAGAACCAGCCCCAAGAUCUUCACCUUUGACGGACUCACCCCUACCGCCUCCUACUCCUCCACCCUGUCAUCCAGCGUCCCUCAGAGGAAGAAGAGGAGGAGGAGGAAGAGGGUGAUGUUCCCCAACAACAGAAGAGGCUGCCGGGCCCCUCCGAAGCCGGCGGCCAGCCGAGCCAAAUACUGCCUCUACCUGCUGUGUGCUAUCGUCUUCAUCCAGGUGUACAACGCCAUAGAGAACCUAGAUGACCACGUUCUGCGGUAUGACCUGGAGGGGCUGGAGAAGACGCUGAGGAGAGAGGUGUUUGGACAGCAGGGAGCGGUGGACGGUCUGCUGUCCCACCUGAAGGACUACCUGUCCACCUACGUCCACAACAAGCCCUUGGUGGUGUCCCUGCACGGCCCCAGCGGCGUGGGCAAGAGCCACCUGGGACGCCUCCUGGCGGGACACUUCCGCUCCGUGGUGGGCGAGACGCUGGUGCUGCAGUACUACGUCCUCCACCACUGUCCCCAGGAGGCUGACGCCCUGCAGUGCGCCCGCGACCUCUCUGCCCUCAUCUCGGAGAUGGUCGAGCGGGCCGAGGAGGAGGAGAAGAUCCCGCUCUUCAUCUUCGACGAGGCCGAGCACAUGCACGACGAGAUCCUGGACGCGCUGCAGCAGCUCGUGGACUCCAAACAGUCCAACGAGUACCUGAACGCUAUCUACCUGUUCCUGAGCAACCUGGGCCACGCACACAUCACCAAACAUAUGCUAUACAACUCCUCAAGUGUUUCUAUGGCGACGGCAUCUGGUCGUCAAAGUCACCUAGUGAAAGAGCUGACUCCGAUAUUACGCAGCACUCUGGAGGAGCUCCACCCGCUGUGGACGGAGGCGGAUGUCUUACCUCUGGGCCUUUUGGACAAAGGUCACGUGAUGGAGUGCUUCCUGGAUGAAAUGACUCGAGAGGGGUUCUACCCGGAUCAUACCAACAUAGAGCGCCUCGCGGGGGAGAUUGAAUAUUACCCCGCGGUCGGGGGGCAUGAAUACUCCCAGACGGGCUGCAAACAAGUGGUGGCUAAGGUCAACCUGCUGUGAGGUCCUCUGCAGGAAAUGUUUCACAUUCUUUAAAGCAUGAAGAAAUAGAGCUCGAGAAGAGAGAAGCGAGUUACAGGGUUACGACACAACCCGGAGCCACAGCUUACACGAGCAGUUUUGUAAGAGUGAAAAGAAAAAGGACACUAUAUGUCGUGAGAAAUGUGGCGUUAAUCCUGUGAAGAGGUUUGAAAACGUCCCGUCACACUAACAGUCCUUAAAGGGUCAGUUCACCAGAGAUAUGAAGAAAAGAAACUAUCUGCAGAGAGUUUAGGUUUUAUUUGAUAUCGGUCUUCACCACUAUACCAUGGAGGUAAGUGGGAUUUUGUUUGUUGUGUGGUGCUCACAGCAUAAUCAUCAUAAAGGAGAGACUCGUGGGUUCCCCGUAGAACCCAUUUUCCCAUCAUCUGAAAAUGGCCAUGCCGGUUUUUCCUCGCCAAAAUUUAGCGCAAGUUUGGAGCGUUAUUUAACCCCCGUCGCUACAACCUCCGAGAGAUCGAUUGCGUUAAUGCUUUAGAGAAUUAGUGUCGUUAAAACUAAUUUAUGGCUAGACACCACUCGAGUGUUUUUAUGAUCUGUGUGAACUGACCCUUUAACCCCUUUGUUUCUAUCACAACUACUACAUAUUAGGCAGCUCAACCAGUGAGGAGAUGCAUGAGUAAGACCAAUAUUCAUUCAUGUGAUAAUAAGGGGAAGUUCAGAUAUUUAUGAUGCAUCAGUUACUAACAAACAUUUUAAGACAACUAGCAGUUGUUUUGUUUUGUCAGAAACGUCAAAUGUGAAGCAGCAGGACUUUUUAUUAAUGUUAGUGCAAGUCAGCAGAUUCUGCAGAUCUGGAUAUACUAAAUGUUCACAUCCAAAGAAAGGAACUUAAAGUCAACACAGACUUGCACUAUCGUUACAUUUUAUUGACCUGAUGAGAUUUAAUGAGUCAUGAUGUUAGUAAUGUGUAUUCAGGUUUUUUACAGUCCAAAUAUUUCUAAUAUAAACUUUAAUGUGUAGUGAGUGCUUUGAAAUUAAAGACACCAUUUAAACACGA